AGCCCGAAGCCAGCCAACAUUGAAAGCAAAGCCUUUCUGAAAGAAGCCUGGACAACAUCUGUGUUCUAACACAACAAAAAGUGUAGAACCGAAGAAACUUUGAAGAAACCUUUGCCAUCUUCCCUGAAACGAGACCACCAGAUCUUAUAAGCUCAGUGACCAACUGCUUUCACGUAGUCACUUGGGAGUGACCUGCAGGCAAACAGCCUGCAACUUCCGCUGCACAGCAGAUUCAAUCCUGUACAAAGCACUGGAAAGACAGCCGUAAUGCCUCAUCUCUGCCAGCACUUCAAAACAGUAGGCUAAACCACGUUUUUGCUGUGAUAAAGACUUGAUGUCGGGUAAAAUAAAUUAAUUCCCUUUUAGAUAAGUUAAUUACGGUGGCCGGGAAGUGCAAAACAACAUUACAAAGUGUGAAACACUUUUACAAAGAUCGAGACAAAUUUACAUUUUGGAAAACAUUUUUACCUAUCAUAAAACACAAUUACAUGGGGAAAAACACUUUUACCAAGGAUGAAACAAAUUUACAUUUUAGAAAACAAAUUAACGAGACGAAAAACACUUUUACCAGUCCCGAAACAAAUUUACAAUGACAGAUUCUUCACGGAAAGGGAAUGUACCAUACACCGGAAGUGACACGGUGAAAGGUGUUGUUGUUGGUGAGCGCGGUAAAUUCGUGUUGUGGUUGUGGAAUUAAUGGCGUAAAUAAAGUUUAUGGUGACAGCGGACGAGGGAUGUUUUGCCCGUUUUGUGGCAAACACAUGAGCAGCUUAACGCGGUUUUGCUUUUCGUGUGGUCGGUGUUUGGAGUUUCUAAAGGACGCGGACCAGACGGAAACACCAGACAUACUUCAUCAAUGUGUUCAAUAUUUUAACGAGGGCCACUCGUACGCUGUAAUCGUGGACAUGAUGUCAAGUCUACACGGUGUAAACAUCAGCUUGAGGACUCUUAAAAGUAAACUGAACGAAGCCGGGUUGUACCGCAGAAAGGAUUAUUCCUCUCCAAACUCCGUGAGUAACGCCAUCAGAUUGGAACUUCGUGGACCUGGACAACUAUUUGGCUACCGCACGAUGUGGCAAGUACUUAAACAAAAGUACAAUUUUCGAGUGAAGAGAGAUGAUGUGAUGAAUUUGCUCCGGGAGCUUAAUCCUCGAGGGUGUGAGAGCAGAACACGCAGAAGGUUUACAAGAAGAACCUACCACUCAAUGGGACCUAACUAUAUGUGGCAUGCAGAUGGCUAUGAUAAACUUAAGCCAUUCGGUUUGGCCAUAUCGGGAUGCAUAGAUGGAUUUUCACGUAAAGUACUGUGGCUUGAAUGUGGACCAACAAAUAAUAACCCAACAGUGAUUGCUCACUAUUUCAUGUCAUGUGUGCGAAACCUCGGUGUCAUCCCCAUGAGACUGAGGACUGAUUGCGGCACUGAGAACGGCAUAAUGGCUGCAAUUCAAUGUAUGCUACGCCACCAUCACAGUGACUACUACUCUGGUGCGUCCAGCCACAUGUACGGCUCAUCUACAAAUAACCAGCGUAUUGAGUCCUGGUGGUUUAUAUUUAGAAAGGGAAGGUCUCAGUUCUGGAUGGAGUUAUUUGCAGACCUUAGAGAAGCCGGAUACUUCAACGGAGUCAUGAGCACCAGUGCCUAUUGAGACAUUGCUUUGGUGAUGUUAUUCAGAAGGACUUGGAUGAGUGUGUGAGACUGUGGAACAGUCACAGGAUUCGCCCUUCCAGAACAGCAGCAUGUCCAGGAGGAGUGCCCAAUGAACUCUACUACUUACCACACAGGUGAUACAUUGGUAAUAAACAGAUAAAAGUAUUAUUCUGACGUUUUAGCUUAAAUGAAAAGAAAUACUUAUGUUUUCUAUUUA